AUGGGCGACAACGCGGGUGUCGCGGCCGCCUUGGCCCAGUACGACGAGACGCUCAACAAGCUGGGCGCAUACCCGGCCAAGCCGAUCAUCAACAACCUCACGAUGAUUGCGGAGAACCUGGCGAUGGCCAAGCCGCUGGCGACCUUCUUGGUCUCGAAGCUGCACGGUGUCGUGCCCGCCUUCAAGCUCCCGAUCUUGUACCUCAUGGACUCGAUCUUGAAAAACGUUGGCGGGCCGUACGUGCAGCUUCUCGGCGGCAGCCUUCCCCCUGUCUUCAAAGUCCGCCUCUUCCCGGAGAACGACCUCGCCCGGAUGCGCGCCGCCGCCGACGCUGCAACUCGCGUCGCUCAGCCCACGAACCAACCCACAAGCUUUGCGGCACGCCCAGCACCGGCAGCUCGGCCAGCGGCAACGCGCCCCGCCGCCGACGACAUGCAACUCCGCCUCCUCUUGACGAACCUCCAGAACGAAGAAGGUAUCCACCCCGCCCAGCACAUGAGCCUCGAAGAUGUGCGUAUGUCGAACCCCGCGUAUUAUGCGCAGCUCCUCGACUUCCACAAGAGCAUGCAACACCAAGGCCCACUCCAGCAAGUCACGCUUACCCGGCCGCGGUCGCCGCCUCGUCAACUACCGCAGCCCCAACGCCACGCUCCGAUGCAACCCGAACUGAUGCGGCCGCGCUCCCCUCGCAUGCGCCCGAUGGCAGAACCGCGUGACCCUCGUGAUCCUCGCGACCCGCGGUAUGGCAACAACCCCCGUACGAAGCAACCGCCGCCCCGCAACGUGCUCGCGUACCAACAGCGCCCUUCAGCGCCGCAUCAGCCGUCGCAGCAACAGCAGCCAUUGCUCCGACGACCUGUACCUGCUCCGUCCCGGUCGCCACCACUUGGACAGCAGCCACCGCAACAAAAGACGACUGCCGAGGUCAUGAUGAUCUUGCAAAAGCUCCAAGGUAUCACAGCGCCAGGCUCGCUCGCACCGGCCACGUCAGGUCUCAAGUUCUCCGACAUCCAAGUCAACAAGCGCCGCAUCGACGCGAACAUCUACCUUCUUUAUGAGGGUCUCCCGUUCGUCUGUGCUGGCAGCGGUGUCCGCUUCGCCAACGAGAAGCAGCUCUCCGAGCACAUGGACUUUUUGUUCCAAUACAACCGCGCUCAGCGCGAGCGCACGAAGGGCGGGAACUCGCGUCCAUGGUACCCCGACGAAGAGCAAUGGGCCACCGAUUUUUGCGCGGUCUCCAGCACAAAGGAAGUCGAUGGCGUUGCCGCCAUUGCGCAACAAGAAGCCGAGGUCGACAAGGAUGUGCUGGACCAAGCCCGCGUGCCUGUGGACGAAGCGACCACCAAGUGCCGCAUCUGCGGCGAGCAAUUCUCGAAGUGCUGGGACGAUGACGAGGAAGAGUGGAUGUACCAGAAUGCGGUGCGCGGCACAAUCCAGACGUCACCGCCGAAGGAAACUAUCUUCCACAAGUACUGCUACGACAGCGUCGUCGCGUCGUCAAAGCUCAAGGUCAUCUUGCCGUCGCAGCUCGCGCCGGGAAGCCCGCUCGUGACAAAGCGCGGCCUUGAUGAGGCUAACGACGAAAGCACGAUGAAGCGUCUCCGCACGGCCGACGACGUCUAG